GGGGACACGGAGAGAGAGAGUGAUUGGGGGGUGGGGGGGAGCGAGCGAGGUAGAGAGAGACGGAGAGAGAGGAAGAGAGAGAGACAUUAGACAUGCACAGAGGAGGAGGAGGGGGAGGCUCCUGAUACCAAGACACGGAAAAGCAGGGGAGGGAAAGAGAGAAAGAAAAAAGGGGCUGGUGGAGGAAGAAGAGCGGGGAGUGGGAGAAAACAGGGGGAAUAACACUUGAGGAAAGCAUUACAGAGGAGAGGAAGGACAGUACCUAGUGCUUUGGACAUCUCCUCCUUUCUUCUCACAGGCUGUCACACCAGAUUGGACUCCGAAGGACCGACACCGCGUCCACCCCAGACCCCAUGGGGUAACAGCAGACGUUUGGAGGAGAGGCUUUUGUUCAGCUACACAGAUGAACAACAGGAAGGAGGACAUGGAGAUCUCCUCUCACUACCGUCAGCUCCUCAGAGAGCUCAAUGAGCAGAGGCAGCACGGCAUCCUCUGUGACGCCUGUGUCAUUGUGGACGGAAAGAUCUUCAAGGCCCAUAAGAACGUCCUCUUGGGCUCCUCGCGCUACUUUAAGACUCUUUACUGCCAGGUUAAAAAAGGGGCAGAGCCUCACCACCAGACUACUGUCACUCACCUGGACAUCGUCACAGCGACCGGCUUCAAAGCCAUCCUGGACUUCAUGUACUCAGCGCACCUCGCUCUCACCAGUAAGAAUGUGAUUGAGGUCAUGUCAGCCGCCAGCUACCUGCAGAUGACAGACAUUGUCCAGGCCUGCCACAGCUUCAUCAAGGCCGCGCUGGACAUCAGCAUCCGCUCCGAGAUGGCCGACGAGCUGGCUGACUUCGAAAUGGGAGCUGUCGCUGCUGCCGGCAUAGGUGGAGGAGGUGGCGGAGGUGGAGGAGGAGUGGGUAUAGCUGGAGCAGGAGGUGUUUCAGGAGCGGGUUUAGGAGGAGGAGGCGGGAUUGUGGGCAUGGCUUCGGAAGCCCUGGCCUCCAUCAUGUCUGGUCGCAGCACCUCCCCUUGGCUGGCGCGGCGCACCAGCCCAGCCAACUCUUCUGGGGACUCGGCCAUCGCCAGCUGCCACGAGGGAGGCAGCACGUAUGGCAAGGAGGACCAAGAACCCCCAAAGAGCCAUGAGAGCCAGGAGGAAGCCUGCCACGACUCCCAGCCCGCCUGGCCACAUGACUACAGGCCCGUCACCGUCAAAGAGGAACAGGUGUCCCCCGCCUCCUCUUCUCAUCCCCGGGACACUCCCAGGGGGGCGGCCCAGAGCCAAGGGGAGCAAGGGACUGGGGGCGCCGCCGGAGGAGGCGGAGAGGGGCCCUGGCAACCCCUAUCGGGGUCAGGGCGGAGGAAGAACAGGAAGAACAAGGACACAGUCAGACAUAUUACCCAGCAGGCUGAGAGGAACUGGGACAGAGAGCGGGACAGGGAGAGAGACAGGGACAGUAGGCCUGGAUCUCCUCUGCCCUCCAUGUUGGCUGUGGCUGGAUGGAACUACAACGGACAGGACAUCCCAGGGGCAGACGUGACUGAACCCAACAGCUCAGACAGCCGCGGCGAACGCCUCGACUUCUUCCUCAAACAGGAAGAGGCUCUCGCCACAGAGCCCGGCUUCAUGGGUCCCAACGAAUCGGAGGAGGCCGGGGGAGGAACCGGGGGCGGGACAAUCUCAUCUGUGGCCAAUCUGAAGGCGGCGCUGAUGAGUAAGAACAGCCUGCUGUCACUGCGGGCUGAGAUGAUGGGAGAUGAUAACCCCUUGCUCUACGAGUACCUGCCCAAAGGAGGACACUCCCUGUCGUGGCUCCGCUCCAACAACUACUGCAGCACGCUCCGGCCAGGGGCCACGGGGGCCACUAUUCAUAACAAACAGGGGGCUGGCUCUUCUCCUCCUCCUCCUCCUCCUCCUCCUCUUCCUCUUCUUCUUCCUCAUCUUCCACCAUCACCACUACCACUACCGCCAUCAUCGUCAUCUACAUCGUUGUCAUCAUCAUCAUCGACAUCAGCAUACUGCCCGCCCACUCCACCCACGCCACUGCUCCCCUCUGAGCCUCGGCCCCUGGAGGCCCCCGGUCUCCGGGCUGGGGCAUCCCCACUGCGCUCAGAAAGAUUGGACAUGGAAGUGGAAGAGGCUCCUGAGGGCCCUGAGUCCUCCACCUUGCCUGAGGGGGGAAUAAAAGAUGAAAAAGACAUGAAAGGAUACAGCACAGCCUUGGAAGGUGACCAGUCCCCUGUCGAGAGGGAUCAGAUGGGCGAUGGGAGCUUUGCUGGUGGCUUGACCAUGCCUGCGUCAGUGUCCGUGGCUGGCAGAGGGACUAAAGGGCUGAUGGUGCUGGUGAAUGACUUCACAGUGAUCCGUAAAAAGUUCAAGUGCCCCUACUGCAGUUUCUCUGCUAUGCACCAGUGCAUCCUAAAGAGGCACAUGCGCUCUCACACUGGUGAGAGGCCCUACCCCUGUGAAAUCUGUGGCAAGAAGUUCACCAGGAGGGAGCACAUGAAGAGGCACACACUGGUCCACAGCAAAGACAAGAAGUAUGUAUGUAAAGUGUGCAGCCGAGUCUUCAUGUCAGCGGCCAGUGUCGGAAUCAAACACGGCUCCCGGCGUCACGGCGUCUGCGCCGACUGCUCUGGCCGGGGCAUGGCCGCGCUGCUGGACCACAACGGGGAGGUGGGUGGAGACAUUUCUCCAGAGGAGGAGCUGUACUCGGGCGACCGUUUCCACGAUGACCAGGCGGAGUGCGAUGGCGAUGGAGAGGGGGAGGAGGAGAUGAUGGUCGAGGGGGACGGGGAGAUGAUGGGAGAAGGGGAGGAAGAAGGAGGGAAGUGGAAGGACUCAGGGAUGACCACUGAGGCACACGGAGCACUGGACAAUGAGAAGGAGGAAAGUGACUCCUCAGCACAGGAGGGGGAGCAGCAAAAUGGGAGCGAGAGGGACUUCGCCUGGAUCUCCUAGAAUCCGUCAGACUCCUGGCAGUGGCUCGUCGACCAAUCUCUGAAGAUCUCUUGCGAUCUCUUGGGCAGAAAAACUCUGCUCUCUUUACCCAUUCGUCCCACCGUGGGCAGGCCUUCCUUUGAAUGGAAAUGCUGUAGGGUGAUGCGCGACAAUGAUCUAAAACCAUUAUGAGUAACACACUCAAACGCACACACGUACACAGACACACGCACACACACACACACAGAAACAUACACUUAGGCUAUUCUCAACCUUGACUGCCAUAGUAGAAGAAGAGUGGUCAAGAGAUGGCUCGAGUGCAAGGCUUUUUCUGCUUACCUCCUUUACUUCUGAUGCAGUGUUUUUUUGUGUUUCUUUUUCUUGAGGGUUCAGGCCAGAGUCCAGUAGUUUUCUACUCUUGUCACAACAGGAAUCAAUGAGGACGCUGCCAAGGACAUGGCCAACGCUAGACUGCGACUUUGUAUGUUUGCCAUCACAAUCACCAUGGAAACCAAGGAUCACUGACGGUGUAGGGGAAAUAGCCAGGGUGGGGGUGGGUGGGAGUUUGGGGGGGUGGGGUAGUUGGUGGUGGGGGUGGGCUGUCUUGGUCCCACCUUGGCUGUAAUGUUUCUAGGGGGAAAGUCUCUCUCUGCGAGUGAAGGGAGAGUCUAAAUCUAUUGCAAAGCUAUGUGUGUCAGAGGACCAGGCAGCCCGAUGGCACAUUGAUGCAGAGUCCUACUGCCACAGACUUGCACUUUAAUGACAACUGACUCCUAUCAAAGCCCUGAACCCGUGGUUUACAUUUUUGAUCUGAUCUUUACUUACCUAAACAACUCGGUGACCGCACCUACCUUUAAGGAUAUACUUUAUGUCCUCUUGACUGUUAUCAACAAUAUAGAGAUCACUGAAUCUUUGUGCAGAUUGCUGUUUAUAUAGCCUAUGCCUUUCAGUGGGGUCCUUAAUCUUUUCUUCACUUAAGUUUACCACAAGGUUUCUAUCGAUCCAUUCCAACAAAUACUGGAGGUGUGACAAAUGUACAUAAGGAUUUGUUUGUUUGUUUUUUUUUUUUGGAAUUUAAAAAGGGGAUGUGAAUUGUGUGUGUGAGACGGAGAGACAGAGAGACUGAAAGUCAGUUUUACAGUGUGUAAGAGAGUUUUAAGAGUUUUAAACCUCUUUAUACACAGAGUGGACAUCAGUUUCUGCUUUCCCUGUUUGGAAAAUCAACACAAGCACACACAAUGGGAUCCACACGACCUACACUAUUUACUCUUUCUGUCUCUCUGGCUGUCUCCGGUUCAGUUUCUCUCACACUGGAGGUUGUGGUGAUAGGACCUGAGAGCCAAGUCUCUCACAUCUAAGGAGGAGCUGCCUUUUUUUUUUUUUUUUUUUUUUUUUUUAAAGUCAUGUAAUUUCAAUUUCUGAAUACAGAAUAUGCAGACUCUUUCCAUGAUUUAUCUUUCUUUCAGUGAUAUAUUUUCUCUGGCUUUGUAAGGUCAAAAGAAGAGGAUCAAAAUUGUGCUUGAAAUUCAGAGUUUGAUAUUUGUAGAGAGUGUAAUAUUAAUUUGUUUUGUUUAACAGCUAUUUAUUGAAAAAUCUGUUUGUGGAUUCCUAAUUUUUCCUAAGUCAUUCCCUUCCUCUCUCUGUCUCUACGUGUGUUGUGUGGAACAGGACGGAUGUUUGUAUGCAAGAAUGGUUGAGUGUCCAAAAAAAAAAAAAAAGUCUAUAUUGAUUUAAGAUUCUUUCCAUGUUUUUGGCAAAGUUAUUGACAAUUCAAGUGAGGCAGAUGACAUCUUAUUAUUAUGAUUAUCAGAACUAUGAUUACUGUUGAUGUUACUAUUAUUAAUUAUUAUUAUUAAGUGCUGGAUGCUAAGCUUUAUUGUGUGUUCUUUUUUUGAUAUUUUAUAUCUUGUAUAAGAAAAAAAAAAGCUUUUAUACUUUGCCUUGUUGUGGACAGCAAGCCAUGGGGCUUUUAUCAACCUUUUAUUGUGCCAGUUUACGCUUUUUCUGUCGUAUUUGCUUUUUUUACCAAGGGGGAAAACAACUUCACUGUCAAACUUCUCUGUUAGAUAUUGAUUGAGACAUAUAUUCAGCACACGCUUUUGCAUCACUAAUGUACACUAAUUGAUUAAUAUCGAACCAAAAACAAUCUAGUACCUUGUAUACAUGAAGUGCUUUUGUUUCACAGUCUGUGUGUGCAGGUGCUUUUUGGAUUUGUUGUCGUGGUUAACGGUUUUGUUGUUGGGUUGUUUUUAUUUUUGAACCUGUCACUAUUUGUCACAGUUUGAAAAAGUGCACAUGUUAUGGUAUUAUCGUGAAUAUGAAGGGCUGUGUGAAAGGACCAGCUAGCUUUUGAAGACUGCAUCUUAAAAACCAAGCUGAUUUUUUUUUUUCCUCUUUUCUAGUUCCUACUGUCUCACACCUUCACAUGACACACACAAUCAAGUAGAAAUGCAGCAUGCAGACAGAAGAGUGCUGAGUCUACAGGUUGUAUUUCUACUCUAUUUUACAUAAAGGGAAAGUGAGCACUGCAGUAGUAACUCUGGGAAACAUUUUUGUUGCCAAUGCAGGUCUAAGGCCUCUCUGCUACAGGUGCCGUAGACUGCACUUCCCCAUUAACCCCAGCUGAUAAACUCAGCACAAUGCGAUUUGUGAUGCUUUCUUCAUGUCUGGCAGCCGUCUUUAUUUUAUUGGUUAUUAUUUAUUGCAUUUUUGUUUGACCCAUUUCUCAAACAGUUGUACUUAUUGGGGCGAAAAAAGAAGAAAGACAAUGGGGUAGAAUUUUUUAUGAAUGUCAAUGGGUGGGUGUGGAAGGAGCCUAUGAUCAGUGACAAAUCUCUGUCCUGUGGUGCUGUUGUGGCCACUGAGAGACGUCUGGAUUGUAUGUGUGACUCCCCCCCCCCCCCGCCCCUUGCCCCGUUCCUGUGCUCUUCUCACAACCUGUGCUGUAUGUCCUCUUCCUCAUACUGGGUUGUACUUCAGGAAAACUGUCUGCCAUCAACCCCUCGAUAUGUGCCUCAAUGACAUUUCACCCGUGUGCUUGCGAGAGUGUUUGUGUCCGAGAGAUGACUGAAUGUUCGUUAUCGAUGGAUAGAGAUUACUGAGAUGCGACUGAUCAGAUUAGAGGUGCAAAACGUUUGAGGAUAAAAUCCUCAAAGAGACAAAUCAUGAUGGGCGACUAGAUUCUCCUUCCCGCCGUGUAUGUUGACCUUUUGUGCCCUGAUUCUGUGGUCUUAACUGCAUGCCUGUGUUCAUUUUGUCAUACCAAAGCGACGUCUUCGGCAUCUGCACACAACUGUCUCAUUCCACAUGAUGCAAAACUGGAACUGUUUGCUCUAUUGCAGAUGAAUAUGGGUAUUCUUAGACGUGUACAAAUUGCAAUCCUCAUUUAGCCUGUAUAGCUUGAUUCACACGUGCAAAUCAUGAAGCCAUAGAUAUGGGUAUAUCUAUAUUAUACUAUAUUUCAAAAUUGGCGCUUUUUACUUUAGAUUUUGUUCUUCUACUAAGAGUGAUGUGUGUAUACCUUCAUAUAUAUGAAUUUAUAUUACUAUUAUAUAUUAUUUAUUUUCCUCUCUCAAGUUUCAGAGGGCCUUUAAUUUGUAAAAGGUUGCCCUUGAAGCUUGAGGUUUGUUUAUUUUCAUUGGGAAUAUUGUUCAAUAUGAUACUGACUUUAUAUUGAUGAUUAUCAUAAACCUGUGUUUGUAACAAAAUGUGUUAAAUAAUCAAAAAAACCUGUCCUGUUUUUACACCUGUUUUGUUUUGGGCAGAUUUUAAGUGCUCUUGUGCAGAUAUUUUUCGGUUGAUAGUACUGAUCACAAAACAUUUUUACAGUCAACCAUGAGCCUCCUGUUUUGAUGUUGGGGCUGGCCCACCGGCCGUCCAAGCCUCUUUCUAACUUCAUGUUUAGUGGAAGAAUUAGCUUGACUAUUAUUUGCAAAAAUCAAUCAGUCUCAAUAAAUUUUGAAAUUGCUGCUGUAAAGAAGUGACCAAA